AUGCAGCGGCUUCUGCUAAAAUCUUCAGCGUUAAAACAAGGAACACCGCAUCUAACAUCUCUGUAUUUUCUCCGUGGUCUUUUCAACCAUGCCAAGAACAACAGCAAGGGUAAAAUAUCCUCGCCCAAGAGUGGUGCAGCAAUUAUACAAUCCAGUCAAUCACGAUCACAGAGCCAGAAGCCUCCUAUAUCCCUACGUGACUUGGGAAAACUUCUGAAUGGACCGACACCCGAAUGGCCAAAGUACAAACCGAAGAAAAACAUGGGUCGCUGGAGUCUGCGGCUGUACGUGCGAAGAAUCCGGAGUCUGCUCAGCUCGUUAGCCCCAGUGUACGCCACUGCUGCCGUGGAGUACGUUUCAUCUGAACCAAACAUACCGGAAACGUUGCGUCCUCGAGUUAUGACCAAAGCGGUAUAUUUUUUGCUUCGUGCUGGGAAUUUUCCUGGGGCCUUGAAGAUUUAUAGGAUGAUGCUUGCCGAUGGAUUUUCCCCUCCCGAGCCCCUUGUAGCGGCAAUACACCGGGGUGUCAAGGCCAACGCCGCCCGCAAGACCGUUGUUGGAUUAAACCCUGUCCUAGAGUCUAUAUCUCCUGCUCGCCUAUCGGGAACACUUAACGAGCACCACCUCGCAUCUCUUCUUUCUGUGCUUAAAUCAUCAAAGCGACCUGAGCUUAUGGAGGACAUUGUACAAGCAUAUAUAGCUCGGAACUCGGACUCAUGCAUUGGGAACCCUUCGGUCGUGGGCUCCAUGAUUCGUGGGUAUCAUGCAGCCGGACAGCUGGAUGGUUGUUACAACUGGUUUCACAAAUACAAACAACACUGGGCUUUUAAAAAUGAACCUACCCCAGCUUCUCCCUAUGUAUGCUUGAUGGUGGCGUCCCGGAAGCUCAUGCCAUCAAACACCGCCGCGUUAUAUCGGAUUGUCCAAACCAUGCAGGAAGACGGAGUGACUUUGACUACUAUAGCCUAUAACGAAAUUUUAGUAUCCGAGCUUCGAAAUCGUAAUUUUAGGGGUGUUUUCUCAGCUUUCAAUGCCCUGGAGACAGGGUCAUACAAACUACAACCAGACGCAUAUACCUUUUCGUUGAUCUUCGAUGCGUUGUGGAAAGAUGCGACAGGUCCCUGCCAAAAUGCUCAAAUUAACCCCAACAACAUCUUAGACCAAAUGCUAUUCAAUUCGCAUCCAUCCGUUUUGACUGUACACAGCUCGAAUGCAGCGUUGCGAUAUUUCACACACAUUGGUGACUUUCCCUCCAGCAUUGCGAUCAUAAAGUCUAUGAUGACGCAACGAGUCUCGCCGAAUUCACUGACCGUUCGGUGGAUCCUGGAGGAAGUGUUCAAGCGUUGUCGGAUCGCAUUUAGCAUUUCGGCGAGCCCCCGGCUAUGCGAUUGGGCUCGUCUCUUCUUAGGUGGACUUACGCGUGAUCAUCUUGCGCAUACAUCUCAUUUCCUAGACGUCGUUCAAUCGACCCGGGAUGACACCCAGUCUCAUAGACUCACCCGUGCUGCCGAAGACGCCCUUCUUAUCGUUCACGAGGCGUUUGUAUCUCAAAAAUCAUCUCCAAAUUUCACAAAUGAGGAACAACGCAGAGCUUUCCCCACCCUAACACGACUUCACGAUUUUUUGCAUGUCUGUGCCGACCCAACCUGUGGCAAGUACUGA